AAUGUUAAUUCAUACAGAAAACAUUUAUGGAAAUAUUGACAGUCUUUGUAAACAUCAAUUAACCAAAUAAAAAAUUUUGACAUGCAGUGUUUUUACACCUAGUUUAAGUGAAAAUUUUGAUAUGGCUGAAGACGAAAAUAUUUAUUAUAUUCAAAAACAAGAGGAUGGUACACAUCUUUCAUGUGUUUGGCAAGAUGCAUACACUGAGGUGGUUGCAUACGAAGAAAAUGUUCAAGACAAUAGUAAUCUAAAUAUUACAUAUGUCACUGAAGAUAAUGAGAGUUCAAAUGAAAAUUAUGAAACUGCUGGAGAAGAUUCACAAUAUUAUUCGGUGAUUGAAACCAAUGAAACGUUAGAUCACGAUCAAACUUUGCAACCUAUUGAGCCUCAAAUGAAUUUAAAUGAGGAUUUUAAAGGUAAUCUUACAGUUAUACAAUAUCCUACGGAAGAUGUGAGUGUUAAAGAUGAGUUAAUUGAAACAAAAGUAGAAAAUUGUGAUAAUACUAUUGUGGAAGAUGAUGAUCAAGUAAUUCUUUAUAAAAUUGAAGAUUCGAAUGAAUUAUUUGCUGUGCAAAUUGCUCGAGAUGCUGAUGGAAAUGUUCAAAAAUAUCAGUACAAAGUCAGACAAAAUGAAGAUGGUCAAUUAGAAGCGGUUCCAGGUACAAUACAAAUCCAGCCAGAAGGUACCGAACAAUUGAUAUGCGAGGAUACAACGAAUAAAGAAAUGACAAUAAAUCAAAAUAUUGUGGAAGAUGAAACUCAAAACUUCCAAAGUAUUUAUGAAAAUUCGUUAACGGAAGGAAUGAAAUCAGAAAAUGUCGAUGAAGAAAUAAUCAAUGAAAAUGAGCACAUCACAGAAGAAAUCCAAUCGGAAGAAACAAUUUACGAAGAUACAAAUAAUGAAAUUGAAGUAGCGCAAGAAUAUAAUGCAGAAGACGAGGUUGUCGAAAAAUUAGAUGAAGAAAAUAAUCAUAUUGAAUAUUUGAAACAAGAUGAAGAAGAGGUUUUGCAACAUACGGGAGGUGAAACGUACUUUGGUGAGGAAGAAGAAGAAUUUGAAAAUGUUGAAUAUCUACAAGAUGACGAUGACGAAGAAGUACAUUAUGAACAAUUAGAAGAGAAUUACAUGGAAGAAUCUACCGAACAUAUUCUAACAAAUUUGCCUUCUGAAGAAGAUCAAACUUUUAUAAAACAAUAUCCACCAAAUAGCCAAGUUGAAGUAUUAUCAAAUGUUCUCAUGGAACCAAAUAUAAAUGAUCCUCUUACUCAAGAGGAACCAACUCCUCCUCCACCCGUGAUUUCAAAUACCCCUAAACAAAUUUUAAAUAAAUUAUCGAAUAUAACAUUUGGUAAUGAAAGUAUCGAAUUAAAACGUGUAAAUAGUGGUGCUACUUCGAAACAAGCAAAUAAAUUAACAUUUUUAAUCGUAACUCAUCCCGAAACCGAAAAACAAAAUAAAAAUCUGAUCAAUAACAAAAAAUUUCGAAGUAUUUUAAGGCCUAGCAUACAUCAACACAGUAGUUUACAGAAAAAUGUUUAUCCUCCCGUAUAUAGAGCUAAUUGUAAGCAAUUAAAACAAAAAACAGAAGUACCGAUUUCAAAAAUUAAUAAUACGGUUUUAAAUAGCACGCCAAAUUUUAAUAAAGGUCCACGGCAGCCUCGAAAACAGGUUAUUACACCAGUAGAUCGAGUUGGAUCUGAGAUAAUAAUUCAAGCUCCUGAGGAAAAAGAGAUCCCAGUAGAAACGUACGAUUUAGAUGCAUUUAGUGAUGAAGAAUAUUCACCAAAAGUUAAACCAAAGAAAAUAUACUCGACAAAGAAACGUGGGAAGAAACCAACAAAAUUGAUUGAAUCAAUUAUAAUUUCAGAUAAUAAUUCAAAAUCGACAUUUGAGGAUGAUAUAGAAAUUAAAAACGAAUUUGAAGUCAAAAAGAAAGAAAAACCUGUCGAAAUUAAGAAACCGGAAAAACCAAAAUUCGAUAAAGUAUUACCUCGAAAAAGAGGUAGACCUGGUCGGCCAAAAUUAUCUGAGAAGAAUAAAUUUAAUAUGAUUGAAAAAGAAGUAAUUUCUUCCGGAUCAAUUAAAGGUGGGCAAAGUGGUAGACCAAAAUUUAUUCGAACCACACGAAAAAUUUCAAAUGGAAAACAAAAGAAUGAUUCCAAAGAAAAUGACGAAAAGACAAUUCGAAUUGAAAAGGAAUUGAAUGAAGAUAUUGUUAAUGAUGAGAUUCGGUUAAUUACCCCUAAAAGACGUGGUCGACCACCGAAAAAGUAUUCACCCGAUGAUAAUAUUACUCGAAAACGAAAAAGUUCGAGUGAUGAUGUAAAAAAUGUUGAUGUUUCUGAUAAAUAUUUUGGAUUCUGUAGUGAUAGUGAGCUCGAUGAUAAAGAAACAAUUCACGAAGAACCAGAUAUCAAAAAACAGAAAACCGCUUUGGAAAAUGAGAAAAUUGAUGAUUUAAUGAGUGAAAUGCAAGAUAUUCAUGGUGUAUCUGACGAAGAGGAACAACCAGCUAAAAUUGAUGAAAUGUUAGAUGAAAAACCUACAGAAACUGAAACUUUACUCUCAAUUUUAGAGACAUCACCAAACGAAAAAGAAGAUGUACUUACAAGAGCAUUAAAAAGUGCGAACAUAAUUACACCUGAAGAGGUUAAACAAGAAGAAAAUACUUUUUUAGAGACAACGGCCAUUAAAAAAAGUGAUAACUCUAAAGUUAACGAACCAAAAAAAAUUUCAUUUGAAAAGAGACCAACGAAUAAUACAACUACAACAUACAAAUGUGCAAAAUGUUCAAAAACUUUCCCAAAAUAUAUGUCAUUAAAAACACAUUUACAAGAACACACUGUACAAAAUAAAAAAGAUAUCAAAGAAAAAUGUGAAUAUUGUGAUGCAGGCUUCGAGACAAAAGCCCAACUUUUAAAACAUUUACAAACGCAUGUUAAAAGUGAUAUUCAAUUAGAAUGCUCUACCUGUAAGAAGACAUUUAAAACUGACGAUGAACUUAUUAAACAUAAAAAUGAGUGUAGUGAGGUUAAUGACGCUCAGGAUAAACUAAAUAGUGAACAAAGUGAGUCAUCAUCACAGGGAGACAAGACUCAUAAUAACGAUAGCAAUAAAAACCUUUUAUUAACUUUGAGGAAAUCAGUCAAUAUUCCUAAGAAGAAAUUAGCACAUGGUGGAAUACCACUCCCGUUAAAAUUGCAAAAUAAGUUAUUGAAAAGAAAGUUAUAGUUUUAAUUUUUUUUAGUUUUAAAAACAGUUUUUUUUUUUAUAUAUAUUUUUUGUUUUGUUGUUUUAAAAAUAUCCCAAAAAACAAACUCAAGUGUGU